GUGCCUCUUUCUCUUCGCCUCGCUUCUUUACCUUUUGCCUCUCCGUUUCGAGUCGACGGUUUGGCCGCCGACCACCGAAGUCACUCGUAUCAGAUCAUGCAUCGGCAUUGAUUUUCUUGUGAAUAUUGAUCAGCUUGUAAAAGCUGUUUAUUUUUUUUUUCCUUACGCCUCCGUUUCGGAGUUUUUGGGGUUCUUUCUUAUAGGACGAUAUUUCAUUUGCUAACAGCUUUUCAAGUGAUAUGAGGGAAUAUCUUGAUGAGUUUGUAGUCAUGCUUGUUUUGGGUGGUAUUGUUUGGGAAGACGUUUGCACCGUGGAUGAUUUUCGAGAGCAAAACUGAGAUUAGUUGCUCUUUCCUUAUGGAACUUGUAAUUUCGUUGCAAAAGUAGUGGUUUUGAUUUGUCUAUAAAAUGGUAUUGUGUGAGUAUGGGCUGUUAGUCUCGGUCUGACCCUUUACUGAAGAUUCCAAAACAUUUUUGUGCUUUGUGAUAAUUUUAUGCCCUGUAGUAGAAUCCAACCGGAGUUUUUGGCGGUGCGACACGCUUGUCAAGUUUUUUUACAAGGGAAAUGGCUGUGGCUUUUACGCGUUUCUCUUGCUGGAUUUGGGGUGGGAAAGAUCAUAAAUCCCCCAAUUCAUCCCUGAGUUCGUCUCCCGACUUCCCGGCCGGAUUUAGGGAGCUGGAUAACUUGAAGUUUCCGCCAGUUGAUGGGCCGAGGGUUAGGUCGAACUCCAGAAAAAUUAAGAAGAAAUGGCAGAGCCGUGAGGAGCGGCGGAUCGACAAGGAGUACGAUAUCGUCCUUGUGCCAUCUGAUGGUGUCUGCAUGUCGGGGUCCGAGACUGAGGAUUCCGAUUGGUCUAUUGGUUGGUUGGAACCUCAUGCUCCUGAUUUCCAAAGUAAUAGUGAAGUAGAAAACAGUUUUUCUGUCCUGGUCCGUUGCUAUUGCCGUGGCCGUUGUGAGCAGGCGGAGAGUUCCAAAACUCGCGCCUUGGGAGCGCUUGAACACUUGGACGAUAUUUCCCCUGGUAAACUGGCAAAAAUUAUACUUUCCUUGAAAUUUGUCUUUUUCAUCCGCUACAUGUGCCUUAAACUAUCGUGAAAUCGCUGAAAAGAAGCAGCACAAGAGUCAAGAGCAUUUGCUAUCGUUUCAUGUAUAACUCAACUAAUAUUUUUACCAGUUUGAUUUGAUUUUUGUUGAUAUUUAUCCAUAUCUCACAAUGAUUAUUUUUAAUUGAGCAACCUACUUCAAGCAAUCCAUAGUCAUCUAUGGCUUCUAUAAGCGUCCUUUCUUGUUUUUCCAUUCGUUUUCUGUACUCUUGUUGCUCUAAGUUUUUUCUCCUUGCUACUGUCGUUUUCUUACGUUGCAUUAAUUGUCAAACUUUCCAUCUCGAUGUUUUUUAGCCUUUAGGAACUAUGAAGCCUCUAUCAGAAAAUACUUUACUGUUUAACUGGAUUCUUUUAAACUAGAAUGAUACUAAUUAUAAAUCAAUGAAGUGGAUAACUAUUUCUACCUGUGAUAUAGACAACUAUUAGUGAUUAAUUUUGUCACCUUGUCUCGAUGAAGUUCUUUAAUUAGCUUUGGCAUGGUAAGCUAUCAAGGAUAAUAGAUAAUGAAAUUAGUUAGUCUAAUUUCAUGUUAUCAUGGUGUUGCAGAUGAAAACAAGUAUAUAGAUGAAUGGCUCGCCUCUGAAAACUGACCACUAUUCCAUAUCUUGGCCUUGUAAGAUAAGACCGACCACCACCGGCCUUUUACAUCACUGACAGAAACAGAGUAUUCCACUCUCAAGGAAGCACAACCAUGAAGCAAUUCAGACUGCCUUUGCUGCAGGAUUACCGUUCGUGCGCAGCACUUGCGGCAGCAAAAUGUUUCUUGCGAUUCAAGAAUUCUGCUGACAAAUUGAGAACUCUGCAACUACCUCUUAAACGCUUUAUUACUUGUACUGGGGAUGAAUUAUGUAUGUUAGGAUAGGAAUUGACUUUAUUCUUCGCCCUCUUUCAUCCUGAUGUCUCUCCAUUGCCAUAUAGAUCUGAUAUGGUUGGGGGCGUUGGGGCGAGCUUAGUCGUGGGUAUGUUUAUUCAGUGAUUUAGAAAAAAUUAAUUUCCAUGAAAUUGGUGCUGAAUCUGCAGAUGA